CCAACGUCAACAAUAGACAACGUGCAAAACAAAAUCUCGGACCAACAACAUGCGAAUUCAAAGAUAACCACAAAUUAAUUCAAUAGCGUUUACUAUACGACUGAAAACAAACAAUGGAUACCGACGCAAAGGCUCGGAACACAAGGAGAAGAGAUCUACCCCCAGUUGCUCAAGGACAGAGGCGGGGGCCACGAGCACUGCCAUCAAUGUCAAGUCAAGACACAGCAGAGGAGAUACCUGCCCCAAAAAGUAGGAAAAAGAAAGCCAGGAGAGAUGUGGAGAGUGUGGAGGAACCUGAUGAUGCUGGAAUGGAAAUGGGAGGACUGGCCAGUCGCAGAGAGUCCGAAAUUCAUGAACCUUUGACUCCGGAGCCUCUAGACAAUCCGCCACAGAGGAAAAAGAAAAAGAAAGCACAGGCCACCGUUGUGGAGGGAGAUCAGACAGACCUGGUUUCAAAUGGAGAUAUGAUGGAUCAGAACACUGAUGAAGAGGUGACACGGAAACCAAAAAAGAGGAAAGUGAAGCCUAAAGUGACAGAUACACAGUCCAACAAUGAACUGGAUGUGGAGGAUGAUGACAUCAUCACAGACCCCCAGGCACCGGUGCCUCAGCAUUCCUUGUUCUCUGCUCCCCAAGGGCAGAGCCAGCCUGUGGGGAAGGCGUUCGUAGAGAAGAGCCGUCGUUUUCAAGCAGCUGAGCGAGUGGACCAGUGGAAGGCCAGCAGCCAGAUGGAGCAGAGCUUUAUAGACAUCCGUUCAAUGUGGACCACUAGAGAUGUUUCUAUGAGAGUACACAACAGCUUCAGGGUUAUCGGCCUGUUUUCUCAUGGCUUCCUGGCUGGUUAUGCUGUGUGGAACAUCAUCGUGGUCUACGCAUUGGCUGGUGAACAGAUGAGAAGUCUUUCCAACCUACUUCAGCAAUAUCAUACACUGGCCUACCCCGCACAGUCCCUGCUCUACCUGCUGCUGGCCCUCAGCACUGUCUCUGCCUUUGACAGGUUGAAUCUGGCCAAAGCUCCUGCAGCCAUGUGGAGUUUACUAACCCUGAAUCCAGUGGCACUUGCUUCCCUCUUGUAUUACUCUGCCCUUGUUUUAUCAUUAAGCCAGCAGAUGACUAGCGAUCGCAUCAAUCUCUAUAAUCAACCCUCCAGCUUAAAUCUGACACUGUGGCAGCCGGGCUCAGAGCGGACCAUCCUGUACCCCUGGAUCAUAGUGAAUCUUGUGGUCUCUUUGCUGGUCGGGCUGGCUUGGGUUCUGGUGUCAACAUGCCCAGAUACUGACCACACAGAAGGUAUGUGCAACAAUUGGCCAAAGUUUAGUCUUCAAGGUGAUCUGUGGCUAUGUUCGGAAUGGAAAUCUAGCAUACUGCUUAGUAUUUUUUUAAGGUAACACAUUUUCAAAGACUAGUAUACCUUGUGUCAUGUCCUCACCUCACCACAUUGCAUGUUUAAUUACAAGGGGUGUCCUCAAAGUUAUUUUGCAUUUGUAUCCAUUUUUUUAAAUGAAUAAAAAAAGUCUUGAUUCUUGGCAUUCCAAUCCGUUUGAGUCGAGAAUGAAGUCGCAAUGGAUAUUGCUUCAUUCGUCACUCUGGUAUUGUGAGGUCAAGCCGGGUGCAUCGCAUUAUGGGAUACAAUAUGCCCCACUGUGUGCUCAGUUAUAUGAUACUAGUAAUGUGCUAUUCUGAACAUGGCCUCUGUACAAGCUGAAAUUCUCAAGUUUUCAUUGUUUAAAUAACAGUAUAUGUGAGUAACAUGUCUUUUUGCAUACAGAGUUUUUAAUGUCAAUGGAAGUGGACUAUCCAAAAGCAGAGAAGGAAGGAAACAUCACUGCUUAAGACAUCUGAAUGUGUUUUUUUACUCCAUUUUGAUAGUUGUUGUAGAUUUGUACUGUUCUAGAGAUAUCUCAUGCUUUCCCAUUGUGUAAUAUAUUUUCCAAAUAUCCAAUGUUGUCUUGGCCAUUAUUGGACAGUAGCAAGUGAUCACACAAAAGAGGUCAAUUUUUUUUAGUCAUUUUAUUUAAAACAAAACCCAAAAUAAAAUCACACUGGAGCGGGCUGAGGUCGAGGUCUGGACUGCUGGAUUAAAACAGCCAACAUAAGUCCACAAACACCAAACAUAGCAAGAGCUGCUGUCGCCC